AGGGGGGGGUGGGCGGACGGGUGAGCGGCCGAGCGAGGUCCGGCCCUGCCCUGAGCUGCCGGCAGCGCUGCCUGCGCUCGGCGGGCACCGGCGAAGAGAGCUCGGCCCCGGGGCGAGCGGCCCGCAGGCCCGGCGCCAUGGCCGCGGACUCGGAGGUGCUGCGCUUCCAGUUCGAGCAGCAGGGAGAUGCGGUGCUGCAGAAAAUGAACCUCCUGCGGCAGCAGAACCUCUUCUGCGACGUCUCCAUUUUCAUCAACGACACCGAGUUCCACGGGCACAAGGUGAUCUUUGCCGCCUGCUCCACGUUCAUGAGGGAUCAGUUCCUGCUCAACCAGUCCAGGCAGGUGCGAAUCACCAUCCUGCAGAGCGCCGAGGUGGGCAGGAAGCUGCUGCUCUCCUGUUACACGGGUGCGUUGGAGGUCAAGAGGAAGGAGCUCCUGAAGUACCUGACUGCCGCCAGCUACCUCCAGAUGGUCCACAUUGUGGAGAAGUGCAGCGAGGCGCUGUCAAAAUACCUGGAAAUCGACGCUUCCAUGGAGAAUAGCAGCCAGGCUGCAGAGAAGUGCCAUUCCUCUGACACUGAACUGAGGAGCAAGGACGACGUUUCUGAUAAAGACUGUGAAAUAAUUGAGAUUUAUGAAGAUAGCCCAGUUAAUUUAGAAUUCUCCGUUAAACAGGAGAAGGGGGAUGACUUGCAGCCUGCGGCACAGAGUUUGGGCUCAGAAAGAAAGGACACAGGGACCCCGGACAUAUCAACGGUUGAAAUAGGAUAUAAGGAUGAUGAAAUAUGUAUCUUCAGAAUGGAUCCUAUGAAUGUACCUAAUGUGGAAAACGAUCAUUUUCCUCAGCCUUGCACCUCCUCUAAAACAAACUUAUAUUUUCCCGAAACCCAGCACUCCUUGAUAAAUUCUACAGUUGAGAGCAGAAAUUCAGAAAUGUCAGGAACUCUCAGGAACGCUCAGGCUUUUGUCACUGACAAUCCAGAGGGGACUUCGACUCAGAUAAAUGGGUUUCAAAAUCUGGACGAUUCUGAUAAUUUGUGGCGGAACCAAUGUCCAAAGUGUCCAAGAGGAUUUCUGCAUCUGGAGAACUAUCUUAGACAUCUAAAAAUGCACAAGCUUUUCUUGUGUUUGCAGUGUGGUAAAACAUUUACACAAAAAAAGAAUCUCAACAGACACAUCCGGGGCCAUAUGGGUAUCCGCCCGUUCCAAUGCAUGGUGUGCUUGAAGACGUUCACUGCCAAAAGUACUCUGCAGGAUCACUUGAACAUACACAGUGGUGACAGGCCCUACAAGUGUCAUUGCUGUGACAUGGACUUUAAACACAAGUCUGCUCUUAAAAAGCACCUAACAUCUGUUCACGGAAGGAGUAGCAGCGAAAAACCAAACCUGAAUACUAUUACAAAAAUUGAAAUAGACUGUGAUUAAUAGGUGAGUGGGUGUGGAGCCAGGCUCCACAAAAAACUUCUGUCUGGUGAAGUUGUACACAUUCAACAGAUCCCCACGUAAUGGAGAAAAGGAAAAACAUGAGAUUGGUGAUCAGUCAGGUCCUGAGAACAGCUCUCUUGUCUGCUGUGCGAGGGCUGCUGUGCUGUAAGUCCUCAAAAGGACUUUUUAGUAGUUUAUUAAUUGAAAGUAAAUGGCAAAACACGGGGAACAGUUUCAUGCCUGUCUUGUAACAUCCCUGAAAUGUUCUAAUUAUUAUCUCUUAAUGAUGCUUUGCACUCCUUUGUUCCAAGGGCAGACACUGCCAAUUUUUAAACUUUUACUGACAUUGCAGUAAGCUGAAGCCUGAGCCGUGACACUCCUGAUCUAUAAUGGCUAAGAGAUGUUUAUAGAUAUUCAGCAAGUCAGUCACCCCCCUGUAUUCAUGCAUAAUUAUGGUGAUGUCAUCUCCUUCCUUGACUGAACUUUGCUGGAUCUUUCAAGAGAAGAAAGGCAUCUGCUCAUACUCAAGUUGCCUUUUGCAAAUAGGGAAUUGGUAAAAGUGAACAAAACAGUAUUGCAUUGCAGUUCAUUUUUUUUUUAACUGGAUAGUCUCAUUAGAAGGACUUGCAUUCAGUUUUAUGAAUCAGAUCUGAAUUUUUCCAGAUUUCUCUCUCCAUAUCAUUUCUUCUGUUAUACCAGUGUUUAGUGCCUGUUUGACUUACUCUGAUUAAGUUAGGCUCAUUUGCUGAGCUGUAAGAUUUGUCUUUGUUUUUUUUUUACAGAUCUUAGAUAUAUAUACUAAUGUGAAAACAUGAACUGUAUGCUAUUAUAUAUAAUAACACUUGCUGUGUUCAUUUUGAAAAGCAAUCCAUUAUAUCUUAAAAAGAACUACUUAGAUGUAGAGAUCUUCUAAUUCUGUGAUACUGUAAAACAGUAACUGUGUGUUUGGAUAGCUGUGUUUGUACUUUAUCAAAAGUUACUUCCGUUUCAUCACAAGCAGUGAACCCCUGUAACGCAAAAUCUUUAUCCUGUACUUGUCUUUGACUGGUAUGUGUUUCUUGCACUUAAUGUGAAAUGAAUAAAGAAUUGAUUCAGUUGUUGUUAUGA